AUUUUUAUUUUUGCAUCCAGUACUGAACGAGUUAAUAUCAAUCUUUGACUUGUGUUUUGAGUUUUGACCGCUAGAGAGAGACAGUGCGCGCUAAUGCUGUAUAGCAUCAUAUUAAAAUUAAAAAAAUUAAGAAAAAAUUCAAUGACCCGCAGCGAAACACCGACACUGGAUUCGUUAUUUAUAAGAAAACAAAAAAACAACCAAGACCUGCCCGGAUUAUCGACGGGGAGAGAGAUUUCAGGGAGGGCGAAUGGAAAUUGAAUGACCGGACAAAAGCAAUCUGAUCUGGCUGGUGGAGGGAUUUGAAAACAACGGACCUUGAGUGAGAUCAUAACAGAGAGGCCACUGAAAGAAUCAUAUAUAUAUAUAUAUACACAGCCUCUGUAAAAGUCCAGGAAAUUUACCGUCAAACUUAGAAAUGGCUGGUAUGUCGGGAUACGGGAAGUUCACCCACGCGGUGGUCCGAGGAAUCCCGGAUUCCUUCGGGAAGAAUAAGGCCACAGGUGGCGAUGGGGAGGAGGUCGAUCUGGCCAAAGCACAGCGCCAGUAUGGAGUCUAUACUGGGAUCCUGAGGCAGAAACUGGGACUGCAGCUGAUAGAGAUUCCAGCUGACAGCACGCUGCCAGAGAGCUACAAUGUGGAGGAUACAGCCGUCGUACAGGGAGAUACAGCUCUCAUCACACAGCCCUGGAACAAGGACAGGAGGAGAGAGACCGAGGCUGUGAGGAAGGUGCUGGAGGAGUUGAAGCUGCAUGUGGUUGAAGGUGCUGAUGAUGAGAACGCCACUCUGGAUGGCAGCGAUGUGCUUUUCACAGGGCGGGAGUUCUUUGUGGGGAUUUCCUCGUGGACGAAUCACAAGGGGGCCGAGCUUGUCGCUGAUACAUUCCGGGAUUUUGCUGUCUCCACCGUCCCUGUCAGUGGAGCCGUGCACCUCAAGAGUUUCUGCAGCAUGGGGGGUCCUGACACCAUCGUGGCGGGGAGCAGUGAGGGGGCCAAGCAAGCACUCAAGGCGAUGGAGCAGCUCACUGACCACCACUACGAGAUCUUGACCGUUCCUGACGAUGCUGCGGCCAACUGCAUCUACAUCCGCGUGGGGUCAAAGAGCAACUACCUGCUUCACGGGAGCGCAGAGGAAUACCCAGAGAGCGCUGCCGCUUUUCAGAAGCUCACAGACUACACUCUGCUCCCCACCUCCUGCAGCGAGACCUCCAAACUAGGGGGCACCCUCUCCUCCUGCUCCCUGCUCAUCAACCGCCGACUGGACCUCUAACCACUCCCCCCAAGCCUGUGAGAGCCAACCAGGGAGCACGGAACACUCUGUAUAGGAGGAGCUUUCACAGAAACCACACCCACAAGCCGGCGACUAGGGAUCCACACCAGAAGAGGCAGAUUGACUUUGUUUUGUGUUUUAAUGGUCUCAUGUAGCUAGCAUUUCUUGGCAUAGUAGCUCAGAGCUCAAGCGCUGAAGUGAGUCCACUUCAUACACACCUCAUGAAAUGUGUUCAUUAAGGCUUUGCCACUGUUUGAUUCGGAGUGCUUUUUAUUGCAAUGAACCAUACUGUGUUCGUUUCUUUUCUGAAGUCUGUGUUGUGGCUAGGAGUUCAGGAGCUGCUGUUCACUUUUAGCUGCCUGUCUAAAGAACGCCUCGUUUCCACUGCCUGGCACAAGCGGCUCAGUUGACCACAGCUAGCGGAAAUAGAGUGUUUCUUCCCAAACAUGGCCAACCUUGGAAAUGCUUGGCAUGUGUCAAAGGUCACUGGAGGAUUGUGGGAUGGUAACUCUGCGUUUAGAACAAAGCAGUCCGAGCAGUGGGAGCUGAGACUGACGUUCGUGGCUAGUUUCAUUGUGGCGCUGGAUAGGUUUUUUUUGUUUGUUUUAGCUUUCAGUUUGAAAGGGUCGCACUGCUAGACGUAAAACCACAAUGCAUCGUAAUGAAGUGCCUUAACAACACUGACUACGUGAUAAAGCAACUCCUUUGCAGCCAGUUUGAUUGCAUUGAGUAUGAGACACAAAACUUGUAUGAUUCGUGGAAACACCCAGUUUUAUUGCCGUGGAAACACCCAGUUUUGUUGCCGGGAGCGCCAGGCAGUGGAAACGAUACACAACCGGUGUCUUUAUUAGUAAGCGCCAGCACCACCUAGUGCGCCACUAGCGUAUUGCAAGACUAACAAAAGUGGUCUGCCACUUUGAAUCAAGUUUCUUUAGUUUUGCUGGUAAUACACUAGCUGUGCAGUAGGUGUAAAGAUACUCUGAUCUAGCUUGGUAUUAGUCUUUGGCUGCAAACUAGGACUGAUAAGCAGCUAAUGAACUGAUAAUCAAAGCAGAUUAAAUAAUAAUAAUAAUAAUAAUAAUAAUAAUAAUAAUAAUAAUAAUAAUAAUAAUAAUAUAGGUAUUUGAGGAAUUGCAGAAAUAACCACUCAGCAUAACUGUAAACAGUAAAUAUAAAGGCACAUUAAAAAUAGUGUUAGACAAAUGAUUGGUAAAAUAUUGUCAGUUUGCAACAUAAAUACAGCAGGCAGCUUGUGUGCAGCUAGAGCUUCCUUAGGGAAUAUAAACCACCUGGACAGCAUACACAGCAAGCUGCAGAGAGUAAGGGAGAUUCUCGUAGCAUUCAGGCAGCAGCGAGACACUGUGGGACACUGCAGCUGUGAAGCUGCUUUUUCAGGUGCUGCAAAGAUUGUUGAAAAAUUGCCGGGAAAGAUUUUUUCAAAAUUCUUUUCUUAAUAACCCUGAGCUAGUUUUUGAAUUCCCGUGUUUUAGAUAUCUUUACUAAUCUCUUGAAUUACAGACGGGACUGCAGGUUGUAUCGAUCUGUCAUGUAAAAAAAAAAAAAAAAAAAGAAAAAAAAAAAAG